GUUUCGUUGAGUUGGUAAGUAUGAGGAUGACUAAUAAGGACAUUGAAAAUUGAAACCACCAUAAAUAGCCCACCAUUGCAAACUUUUCUUCCUUCCUCACAAACCAAACCAAACCAAACAAAAACAAAACCAAAUUGUGUUUCCCUCCUUCCAUAACUCAUGUUACCAUGUCCGGUCCUAUUCCUAACGAUCACUGGCUCCAUUUCUAUCAACAACCCCAAUUCUCCAGCGGCGCUCAAGAGCUGCUCCCCUCUUCUGUUUCCGAGGCUACAGCCGUCACAACCACCGUGGCGCCGGCCCAGUUGAGCCCAGAGGGCGGAGUGUCGAAGCCCGUCAGGCGGCGUUACCGGGCCUCCAGGCGAACUCCCACGACUCUUCUUAACACGGACACCACCAACUUCCGGGCGAUGGUGCAACAGUUCACCGGUGCUUCUUCUGCGCCUGAUCUGUUUGGGCCGACACGUCCACUCCCUGUCAACCCUAAUGGGCUGAUGUUGGCCCCUUCUCACUCUCUUCAGCAGCAGCAACAGCAGCUUUAUCAGCAGCAGUUCUACCCAACAUCAUACGCGGAAGGAGCAGAGAACGGUUUGUUUGACAGAGUGAGCAACGGAACGGGAUCAACAGCGACAAAUGAUGGAGGUGGGGUUUUGAUGGAGCACGCAAGGCUUUUCUUGCCAACUUCCUCUUCUUGAUUCUUCCCACUCAGACUGAGAGCGACAUAUGCAAAGCAGAACAGAACUUGGAUAAUUAGGUGCUAACUUGUUGACAAAACCUCCUAUCUGCGUCAAUGUGAAAUGGAAUUUUACGUUUCUUUCUCUGCUCUAGGCACCACAAAUCCAUCUAUCUUUUUUUUUUUUCUUUUUAUCUUUAUUAUUUCGAUGAUGAAGAUGAUCAUGCUGUGCUUCUAUAUCUUUUUCUGGGUGUUGCCCCAGGCUUUUAUUUCUUUUUUGUUUAAAUCUCUGUAUUUUUUUUUUAUUUAUUUAUGUAUUUUUAGUUAAUUGGCAGCCUUCUCUUUGGGGAGUCCUAGUUCCAGAAUAUUUAGUUUAGUUGUUUUGGAUAUGGUCAGUUGGUCACAGCCUGCCAACCAACACUCUUUUACGUAUGUUGACUUGCUUCCUA